AUGAGUUCUGCUUCGUUUGCCUACUACCUUGGACCAACGAAGGCUUCCAUCAGGAUGAAGGUUGCCCGUCUUACGGAGAUCCAGUCGAGGGGACUCAAUCGACUUGGCCAGCAACAGUUAAGCCACGCCAUCACGCAGUACGAUGCGGCUUAUGAUGGCGAUGGCUACAACGAUCCUGACUUCGAUGAUCAUGGCUACCAUGAUGAGUUGGAUGAUGAUAUAGACUAUGGCGACGAACGGGGUUACGAAGAUGAUGAACUGGAGUACGACGAGGAUAAUGCAACAGACGAAGAUACGUCUGAUGAUGAGAUUGAGACCGACCCAACAGAUCCGGCGCAAGUGGUCCAUGACCCCGAGGAUGAAGCCGAGCAAGAUGGUCAAACUCAUAACGUUGACGACGAUCAAUCUGAGCUGAGCUGGAUCGACGGGCCUCAGAAUGAUUUCAGCGAAGACGGCGAAGUAGACGCAGCGCAGAGCGAGGCUGACGUAGUUGCUCCUGCAGACGAUGUCGUUCCAGUCGGGAUAACAAUUGUAACUCUACCAGAUCCAGCACCACCACGCCCACGGCCGUCACCGCCAUCAGAUAUGGCUCGACAAGAGAUUCGUCUGCGCCGACGCGUCCCAAUUCUGGCCCCGAGACCACACGACGCUAGCGUCAUCUUCGACGGCGGUACUCCGAGCUUCCUGCAGCUCAACUCUAUUCGCGCUGCAAAGGAUGUGCAUAUCGUGCGAAUAGUUGGACAAACUUCUGCUGUCUGCGGGCUGGUCGCUUGUGAUUGGUGCUCACAAAGCUUCCGCUACCGAUUCUUGGCCGAGUGGGAGUGCGCGGCGAGUAUGGUGAAUGUCUUCAUUUGGGCAGAGAAGGGUGUCGUACCGUUCAAGACUGAGCGUCGUCGAAAGGUGAAGAAGGUGGAGGACGAGAUUUGGGCGGAUCGCGACGAAGACAUGCUGGGUCUCGCGAGACUAAUCAAGGUUUUUGAAGCCCAGCUGUCAGAGCUACAGCCUUUUCUAUACUAUGGUUUUGGAAUUAGUUCGUUGUUCGAAGAGCUGGAGCUGGAGAUGCGGAAGGAGUACUGGGCUGUUACGGAGGAGGAUGUGGGUAUGCCUGGGCUCACCAUGACGUUCGACCUGGCGAGGAACUUCUCUGCACCAUUGCGCUGGGAUGAAUCGACGUAG